AUGGAGACGGACGACGACCCAAACCCAGAAAUGCAAACCGGAACACCGGGCCACCCAAUUAGCAUCUCAAGCGGUUCCCCAUUUCAGGGAUCGCCGUACCGUGGGCCCGAUUCAUACCAAGAGAGGAUGGCCGCGUAUGAUUGGUACUUUACUCCUUCGUACCAUAACUCUCCUGCUCAACCUCCUUUGGCUGAACCUCAGCUUCAAGCAGUUUCACCUCCACCACUUCCUGUUGAGGAGCCGCCUCAACAACCACCUCAGCCACCUCCCAAGCCUCCGAGGCAAAGGAGGAAUGCACGUAUAUCCGUGCAAGGAGGACCUCGUUUCAGUUCUCCUCAGGGUUCAAGUUCUUACCCUCCUAUCCCCGAGGACCCCCAAAUGGGUGGACCCUCGCACGCGGUGCCGGAGAACGAUCCUCUGCCAGUUUCUUAUGCACCACCGCCACCGCCAGUGGAUUUCGACAACCCGAUCCCGACUUACCCAGGUUCAUCUGGAUAUAACCCAUCAAGAUACCCAUCAGAUUAUGGAACUCAUGAUCCAUAUCUCACUGUUGCACAAUACAAUGCACUUUAUCCUUCUUCUUACCCUCUAGUUUACCCAACUGGAUAUCCGGUGCAGGGGUAUCAAUACCCCCCAUAUCAGCAACCUCCUCCUUCCCAGCAGCAGGAAACUCAGGAGAUCCUGCAAAGGUUAGACAGGGUUGAAAAGGAGGCAAGUGAAACUAAGAAGAAGCAUAGUAGCUUUCUCAAGGGCCUUGCGAGCCUUAUUAAGGGCAAGAAGAAAUAG